GGGCGGUGCGGUGCCGGUUCCCGCUCCCACACCCGACUUCCGCCUUCCCUUCCCAGCGCACCGGUGACCGGCGCGGUGUUGCCAUGACGACAACGACGGCGCACCCCUAUUGGCCACGCUCGCUGCCGUUGCCGGGUUACGUCGCCGCUGAGCUCCCUGGAUGGCAGUGCGCGGGCUUGGUGGGCGUGGCCGCGGCGGGGCUGCUGGCGCUUGGUUGGCUGCUGGGCGGGGCGAGGGGCGGGGCUUCUCGGAGCCUCGCCCACCGCCUGGCGCUGGGCUGGUUCCUCAUGUGCACCGGGAUCCAUGGAGUGCUCGAGGGGUUCUUCAGCUUCCGGCACCGGGACCUGCCCCGCACCACCGGGCUGCUGGCCGACGUCUGGAAGGAGUAUGCCAAAGCUGACAGCCGGUACAUGACGAGCGAUGACUUCACGGUUGCCAUGGAGACAGUGACAGCCUGGGCCUGGGGACCCCUCAGCUUCCUCACCUUCCUCGCCCUCCUGCGCCGCCACCCGGCCCGCUACAUCCUGCAGCUCCUUGUCUCCCUUGGGCAGCUCUAUGGCGACGUGCUGUACUUUGCCACGGAGGCGCUGGCUGGCUGGAGCCACAGUGAUCCCCGGCCCUUCUACUUCUGGGGCUACUUCGUGGGACUGAACGGGGUGUGGGUGCUGGUGCCCUGUGCCCUCCUGGCCGACUCCUGCCGCCACCUCGCUGCUGCGCAGAGAGCCCUCGACCGGCCCCGUCACAAGAGCCACUGAGCAUGGCUGCCAAAGGGUCCCCUCUACAACACCUGGGUGCCAGAUCCCCCCCCCAUGGGGCAGCACUGGGGGAUGGGGUGUUGGCAUCCUCCAGGGACUUCAGGGGUGUCCUGUGGCUUGUGUUGGGCCCCCCAUGAGCUCAGGGAUGUGGGGCCAGACCCCUGGGUCCCCCCUGGGGGGCUCCCCCAAUAAUUGC